AAUAGUUGUCAUAAUAAAAAUGGUGUCCUGGAGUGCUCUGGGUCGAUCUUUCGGUGUAAAUCUCUUCAAAAACAACAUCAAAACACCAUGUAGUAUUCAAAAUGUAGCUUUUUCAACAAACAAAGCGCUAUGCGCUGGUCACCAUAAAACGUUUGCUAUGCAACCAUCCAGAUUUCAAUGGCACAAAUUCAAGGAUAUGUUUCACUACUAUGUCAUGGUAGGGUUGAUUCCUGUCAGUUUGAUACUCUUCUAUAGCAAUAUCUUCAUUGGGCCUGCUCAAUUGACGCCAAUCCCAGAAGAUUACAAUCCUAAGCAUUGGGAGUACCAUCGUCAUCCAGUUACAAGAUUUAUUGCUCGAUAUGUUCAUAACAACCCCCAGCAGGAAUAUGAAAAGUUUAUGCAUUUCAUUGAUGAAGAAGCUCAAAAGAUAAAGCUGCGUGCUUUGGAGAAACAGAUUAUAAAGAAAAUGGGUGAACGUCAGGAUUAUCAGGCAUACUACUAUAUGCCAAUGGUGAAUAAAUAUAUGCGCAUUGAGAAGAAGACUGGAGAAGAAUUGUUAGAGCGCGCUGGUGAUAACUUCAAAGAAUAGACGAAUUUCAAAAUGCCUUUAUGCCAUUGGCAUUUGUUUAUAUUUAGUAAUCAAGUGAAUUGUUACACAUUUCAAUGUAGAUAAUAAAUCUAAUUGUUGCAUACCAAUUGAUUUUUU